AUGAAAACAGCCGUCGUGCUUGGGCUUCUGGCGCCCUUCGCCUUCGGAAAUUAUCUUUUUCGAAGCAUCACAGUAAACCGUGGGCGUUCGGCCGACUGGGAAUUCGUUCGUGAGACCGCCAACAAUCCCGUCAGUAACCCCAUCGAAGACGUCAGCUCACCACUCCUGGGCUGCUAUGAGAAAGUGGGGCGCCCAGUCUCGGAUGUGCAGACUGUUGCACCGGGCACUCGCAUCAGAUUUCCCUCCAGCGCUCCGAUCGGGCACCCCGGUCCAGUGCUUUUCUAUCUGGCUCGGGUGCCGGAUGGCCAGGAUGUCAUCUCCUGGACGCCCACCGGUAAUGUCUGGUUCAAGGUGGAUCAGUACGGUAACACGCCCGGAAUGAAUAGUCAGUUCGCUGUCGAGAUGACCGAGAUCUCCACGAUAAUCCCAGCAAGCCUCCGCCCUGGCAACUACCUUCUCCGCGCUGAGCACAUUGCACUCCACUCCUAUCAGAAGCCUCAGUUCUCCCUCGCUUGUGCGCAGCUUCAAGUCACUGGCUCCGGCACUGAUUUCCCGGAAUCAUUUGUCUCCUUCCCAGGGGCAUACAAGGCUGAUGAUGCUGGUCUGUUAUUCGACAUCUACACGAGCACAACCAAGUCGUACCCCUAUCCCGGCCCAGCCUCCCCCAGCCAACGGGUCCGGUGUGCGCACGCUUGUGGGCCCAGUGCGGCGGCCAAGGCUUUGUAG